AUGCCAGCCCCCUCAGGCAAACCGCGCUCCAAGCUAGCCAAAGAACACAAGCUUACUAUCGAUGAAGAAAUCGAGAUCAAAGAAGCAUUUUCCCUAUUUUCGCAGAAGAUUGAUGGAGAAAAAGAGGCCGUGAUUGCUACUGGUGAUGUGAGGAGGGCGUUGAUCGCACUAAGCCUCCCCCCGACCCCCGCCGAACUCCGCGAAUUCCACAGUAUACUCGAUCCCGAAAAGGAAGGCUACACGGUGUACCGACAUUUCCUAGCCGUGUGCGCCAUUAAAUUUCAUUCGCGGACGCGAACGUCGGAUUCGCAUAAACAGGAUGUGGAUGAUGCGUUUCGACUUUUUACCGAUGCGGGUCAGAGGGGAAAGAAAAACGGGGGUGAGGAGGGAGAUGAUAUGGAGAAAAUUACGUUGGCCUCGUUGAAGAGGGUCGCGAAGAUGUUGAAGGAGGAUGUGGAUGAGGAUUUGUUGGUUAGUAUGUUGUUAGAGGCGAAUGGGGAGGAGGGGGCGGCGAAGGGGGUCACUAGGGAUGACUUUGAGGACGUUAUGAGGAGGGCGGGAAUGUGGAGAUGA